AUGUGUUCUCGUUUGGUCUUUCGAUCUAUUCAAAAUUCUGUACCCUCAUUAAUUUAUAAUCGUUUUCUAUCUUUAACUCAAAUUGAAUCAACUGCUACAACAAAAUUAAAAGAAACAUCGACUACAAAUGUUGAAAAAUCAUCAAUACAAACUAAAAAAGAUAACAAAAAAACUGAGACAACAAUACCACAAGAUAAAACAGUAGAUUCUUCCACAACAACAACACCAACAAAUGUAUCUGAAUUAAAUAAAAUUUAUUCAGAAAAAAUUCAUCGAAUUGUUAAUGAAAUAAGUAAACUAUCGUUGGUUGAAGUCAUGGAUUUAAAUGAAUUAUUAAAAAAAACACUCAAUAUACAAGACGUGCCGAUUGUGGCAUCGGGAGGAGGCAGUGGUCUACCACCACCGGCCGCACCGGUACAAGAAGAAGAAGACGAAGGUGUUCGACCAACAUCUCAAGCUGUAUUUAAAGUACGUUUAAUUAAAUUUGAUGAAACAAAGAAAGUACCUGUGAUUAAACAAGUAAAAGACGUUGUGGAAAAUAUCAAUCUUGUUCAAGCGAAAAAAUUAGUUGAAUCGAUACCUCAAAUUCUACGUGAUAAUUUAAGUAAAGCAGAUGCUGAAAGAAUGAAAGCGAAAAUUGAAGCAGCUGGUGGUGUAUGUGUCAUUGAAUGA